AUAGAUAGAUACAAGUGCAUGUAUCUACACAUUAACCUCUCUCCUCUCUCCCCAAUCCCCAAUCUCUCUCUCUCUCGAUACAUUAUUCUUGCAGAACACCGUUAGGGUUUCAUAAUACAAAUCUCUCUCUCCCUCUCUCCGCCGAACAUAUUUUCAGAUCUCUCCAGCUCAAUCUUUGUUGUACCGAGAAUUUAUACAUUUGAAUUAAGACAAGUAACUGGAAGCAUUGGUUGGCUGCAAGGAGUUUAAUUUUGUAUAAGGCAGCUAAGCUUCAGAAUGUGCACAUGGAAACCUGAAACUGAAAAAUCGUAUAAGGGUUCCGGGAAAUAAUGCUUUUGAAAAGUUACAGGUCUAUCAGUUCCAUGUGACUUAGUUGUUGGUUUCAACCUCAUAAGCAAUGGCGUCUUUUUCUGGUACUGGUGAGAUUGUUGAAUUAGAUGAGGAACAUUACCCACAUCAAUAUAUUCAAGGAAUCCGUCAGUCAAAUGCACAGAGCAAACCCAAGAAACCUCCUAUGUUGAGACAAGGCCGUGUUAGCCCUAUAGAAGAUGACAUCAAUAAGCUAUUUGAAGCACUCAUCAUCAAAACUUCGUCAAAGGGCGAGAGUCCCGUCAAUAAAUUAGCUUCAGCAGUACCUAGUAAGAAGGAUUUGAAAAAACCAAUGAGGGUGAGUACAUCCACAUCUGGAAUUGGGUUUUCUGAACCAGUGUCUCUAAAGCAGGCCUUAAGAGGACUAUGCAUUUCUCAGGCAUCAGAAAUGGCAGUGAGGCGGUUAUCAAAGUCACCGGGGUCUCCCGCAAUGUCAGGAAGUGGAAACGGGAAUAGUCCAUAUAGGUCUCUUUUGUUUGAAACUGGUGGAUCAGGUCUUUCCAGAUCUGAAGGUAAAGAUUAUGAAAUAUCUCAACUACCUGAAGUAAUGACAGUAGGUUCAUGGGCAAAAGAGCCUCAGAGACUUCAGGAGUUCAAGUUGCAGUCAUCUGAUUACAGAUCCCAUUUGUCUUCUCAAUCAGCUCUUCCAUUGACAGCAAAGAAAAAGGUGUCUACCCUUGGGGAAAUUGAGGCUGUAUCUGCAUCAAUGGAAGGUGGGAACAAAUCCGCAAAGGUAGAGCCUGUACAUGAAGAAGUCAGCAGUAAUAGUACAAGUGAAAUAUUGUUAAAGCAGAGUAGGAUUAUCUCAGCCUCUGCUAAGCUGAAAAAGGAUGUUGAGGAGAAUAUGUCUAAGCUGACCAAGUUAUCUGCCAAAGCUGCACCAAAGGUAAGACAAAAGGGCAAGUUUCAAACUGUUCGUCCCUCAUCUAAUAAAGUAAGUGGCAUUAAGUUGGGGAAGUCAACAAAAUAUGUUUCACGUGCAUUUAAACCAGUUAUUAGAAAAAAGACUUUUGCUUUGAAGAAGCCAAAGCAGAAAUCAACAUCUAAUGCACAUUAUGAUGUAAAUUACGACUUGGAUAUCAGGCCAAGCAAAUUAGUUUGCGAGAAAUGUCAAUGUUCACUGGUAGAUCCAAAGAAAGAGCCCGAGAAAGAUUACCCAAUACCUAGCACUUUAUGUGUUAGUUCUGAAAGCAGCUCUAACAACAUGAACAAUGCAGCAAGCAAAACGAACUUCAGUUUGAAUAGCUGUGCUGUUGUUUCCAAGAGUAACAAGAACUCGAGAUCUAGAGACAAAGGGGAAUUUUCUCAAAGCUCAAAGAGUAGCAUUGGCGAGUUCAGUAGUAGCACUAGUCUUAGUGAGGAGAGUUAUCUUAGUGGAUCUAGUUUUGGUAACAGACCCCAUAUGUCAAAGGUCUCGAGGUGGGAAGCCGUCCGGCAUGUUAUGAAGCAGUAUGGAUUUCUAGGACUGGGACAUUUCAAUCUUUUAAAGAAGCUUGGUGGUGGAGAUAUUGGUACUGUAUAUCUUGCUGAACUGAUUGAGACAAACUGCCUAUUUGCCAUAAAGGUAAUGGACAAUGAGUUUUUGGCGAAAAGGAAGAAGAUGCCAAGGGCCCAAACUGAGAGAGAAAUACUGCGAAUCCUGGAUCAUCCUUUUCUGCCUACAUUAUAUGCACAAUUCAUUUCAGAUAAUUUGUCAUGUCUAGUUUUGGAGUAUUGUCCAGGCGGAGAUCUGCAUGUACUCCGACAGAAGCAACCCUGCAGAUACUUUCCUGAAGAAGCUGCAAGAUUUUAUGUUGCUGAAGUCCUCCUUGCCCUUGAAUACUUGCACAUGCUUGGCAUUGUAUACCGAGAUUUAAAACCAGAGAACAUUCUGGUUCGAGAAGAUGGGCACAUCAUGCUUUCCGAUUUUGACCUUUCUCUUAGGUGUUCCGUAAACCCUAUGCUCCUGAAAUCAUAUUCUUUGGUCACAGAACCUCCACGGGUAUCUGGUCCUUGUGCGGGAUCCAAGUGCAUAGAUCCUUUCUGCAUGAAGCCCUCUUGUCAACUCUCAUGCUUCAGCCCUAGGAUUUUACCUGUUACUGGAAAAUUGAGGAAGGCAAAAACUGAUCAUGCAAUCCGUAUGAGAUCAUUACCGGUACUCGUGGCUGAACCAACAGAGGCUCGAUCCAAUUCUUUUGUUGGUACACAUGAAUAUCUUGCUCCAGAGAUUAUCAAAGGAGAAGGUCAUGGAAGCGCUGUUGAUUGGUGGACGUUUGGCGUAUUUCUUUACGAGCUUCUGUAUGGGAAGACACCCUUUAAAGGCAUAGGAAAUGAAGAAACAUUAGCAAAUGUGGUAUUGCAGAACCUGCAAUUUCCAGACACCCCUAUUGUGAGUUUUCAGGCAAGGGAUCUCAUCAGAGGGCUAUUGGUGAAGGAACCUGAAUACCGUUUGGGAUAUUCAAGAGGUGCUGCUGAAAUCAAGCAGCACCCCUUCUUUGAAGGCCUUAACUGGGCGUUGAUUCGAUGUGCAGUUCCGCCUGAAGUACCAGAGCCUUAUGAGUCACUUCCGAAAAUUCUUCGUGCCGGAAAGGGGGCUAAUCAACUUGGAGCUACAGGUGAGAAUCUGGAGUUAGAGAACUUUGAGUCGUUCUAGCAAUAAUCAUCACUUCUUACGGUGCUAGUGUAAUACUAGUUAUUAGUCUUAGGCUUAUAAUGUAAAUUUGGGUGAGAGGAUGAGCUGGUCUCGUCUAUGAUCUGGAAAAUCAAUGUUGCUGAAAUACUGUUGUUAUCCAUGGUUUUGGCACCACUUGUAAAAUAAACAUUUUGAAUUUCUGGAUGAUAUUCAAAUUAAGAGGCACUUAAAUCGUUUAA